GCCUGCCUGAUGCGUCUCCCGUGUGUUUUAAUGGCUGCGUGGGUGCUUGUGGCAGCUAGUUAAAGAGAAAUGAGGAGCUCCGUCGUGCCGAGAUUAAACGUAUCUUUUCUGCCUGACAUAAAGAGCGGCGGUGGAUGGAAGGGACGCGCGGCGCCUGCGCGCAGGCCGUGCAAAGAUGAAGGUGAAUCGGGGUCCAGUGAUGAAGGGAAUGAAAGCAGCGCGGGUCCGACCCCGUCCAGGGACCAAACAGCUCGGUUCCGGAAUUCGCUCAAGCAGAACAUCUGCAUAGACAUGCUACGCAAGGGUUACCACCGGUCCUUCAGGGAGGUCUUCGCUCUGAUCCAGAAGCAGGCCGCCUCCGGGGAGGCCCCGGGGCCCGGGUCAGGCAUAUGGCAGCCCUGGCCCCUGGAGGAGCAGCCCCGCAAACUGGAGCAGAUUCAGCGCUUCCUGACCAGGGCUGAGGAAGCUCAGAGAGCAGGUUGUUAUGAAGAGGUAUAUGACAAUCAGGUGGCCUUGGCACGUUAUUUUGAGGACCAAGAGGACAAGUGGUUGUCUGACUACUUUUAUGAAGUCUGCCUGGACUCUGCCCAGCGGAUUAAGAUGGAUGGGGGGGAAAGGGAGGCGGAAGCGAAUUUUAACAUGGGUCGUAUAUACAUGGAACAAGGGCGUCUGGAAGGCGCACUGGAGUGCGCCACAGCUUCCCAUCGCCUGACAGCCGGCAGGACAUGGACGGACGGGGCGGGCCGGAGCUGCUUCGCGCGGACCUGCCAGAGUCUCUCCACCAUCUACUCAUCACUCGCAAACAAGAUGUUGGAGAAUGAGGAGCACCAAGUAGCCAUCGAAACUCUGCUGAAGGCCUUCGAGAUGACAAAAGAAGCUGGAGAUAAAAAGAUUGAAGCGGAAGCAGCAUAUCGACUUGGAUCGGCGUACCGACUCGUGCAGGACCACCAGGCGGCCAGGAGAGUGAGUGUCCCCGCACUCCAGGGUCAGCGCACGCUAGCCAUGGCGCUAACUCAGCUAGCCUUCACUGACAGCUGUGUCCCCUCUCUAAACCUGAAUGCUGAGCGGCCCUCAUGGGUAGCAACAGACCAAUCACAGGGCAGGCUGGCUGGUUUCUGCCAGUCUAAACGUGGAGGUGUGGCUGUUUUGCUUGAUCGACAUGUAUGAGACACACUCCCGAUGUCGAGAGAGGUGUCUGGGUUGAAAGAUAUCUCAGCUACAGCUUUGUUUA